AAAGAAAAGACUGCAUUUCCUGAACUUCCUUAAACCCCCCUAAGCUGUCAGAAAUAGGACUUAAUAUAGGAGAUACAUAGAAUUCCUUACUCAGCAGUACAUAUGUUGACUUCCUCUGCUUGGCCAACAUCUCAACAUACAUUUUUAGUGGUCGAUGAUGUUUGUGUAGACUAUGGUGCAUGUGGUUGCUUUUGCCUUUACUGACUUGGCUUACAAAAUGGACCAAACAUAUUGAAGCAGAAAGUAGAGGGAAUGACUAACUCAACUGAAGUCUUUCUACAUUCAGCAUCUAUACAAGACAUACCUGCAAAAUGAUAAUGGAAAUAUUUGUUUAACAUCUUCAUUAAGUGCAGUUAAAAUCCAUUGGUAAAUUUGGUUUUUAAGGCCAUAAAAAAGACAUAGCAAAAUUAAGAAUAAAGGCACUGAUUGAUCUCUAUUUCCAAUAUGACCGAGAAUCUAUAUGAGAUUAAUGACCUAACUAAUAACAGUAACGGUUUAAAUGUUACAAGAUGUGGUUAUGCUAUGCAUAGUACAACCUCAAUACAGCCAUCACCAGUGUCUCCACACAUUAACCAAAAGUAUAUGCAGUCCCCUACAACUCCACAAAAUGAGCUUUCUCCAUUACUUGACAUACCACAUGAUGAAGGAUCUUGGGACCACAAUCAACUUGAGAAGGCUGCAUCUUCCAUGUUAACUGAGACUAUGAAUUCCCCUGUGGUCUACCCCUUCAAUGUUGCUGAAGCUUUACACGGACUGGAUUCCUUUUCCAAGGCAUUUCCUGUAAAAAACCCAAAUACUGUCUUUGUUAAUAAUAUAGGUGAAAAGAGUUCAGAAGACAAUCAGGUGACAGAAAUUUUGCUGUCACCCCAGAGAGGAACACCUUCAGCUGGGUCAGAUAGAGAGCCCUUUAGUCCGGUAACCAUGCAGAGUCGGCCACUGCAGUGCCAUAAUCAGCUAAUGCAUCAUCCCAUAGACAGCCAAAAUAUGGCUCAUAAUCCCUACCAAAGCCACCAGCAAUAUUAUGGAUAUCAACAUCACAAGUCACAGUUGAGAGACAAUUUAGCACCGUUAUACAAGGUACCUUUUAACAAAUCUCAGAACCAGUAUCUUCUCCAGCAGCAAGGAAAUCAAAUCCAUCAGCAGCAGCUUCCUUCUUAUCCAUUAGCCCAGCAAAAGCAGCAAGGCCAUGAGUCCAUUGGAUCACCAAGAGAUAGCUACACUGAGGACCAUAAAGCAUCUGAGCAACCAAUUUUCCAGACUGGUCUACACACCACUCAUUUCCAGGGGCCACAGAAUUUUCUUUCACUUUCCCAGCAGAAUGAUUUUUACCAGCACCAGCAGGCUAAUGAGCUAACACACUCAUUCCCUUUUAAACAAAAUCCAUCUUUUCAAGAUCACUUGGGAUCAGGUGACAUUAUGGCAGGAUUUUCCAAUCCAAAGGAGGAGGUUUAUAUGGAUUUAAACUACCACCACAAACAGGAGGACUUCUGUAGUUCCCAUUAUCAAAGUGUGGGGUCAGGGGUCAAUCAACCUGCUCAGUCACUCGCUCUGAGAGGAGGAGUACUUCAUCACCUUAACUCUUACAGGCCACCUUGCGAACAGAUGCGCUCAUCAGAUAUUCAAGAGGACCAACAAUUACCCUACUACAGGACGGAGGCACCGAGAGCUGAAGGAGCAAAAACAAAGCUGAAAUGCAUUUUAUGCCACCGGGAGUUUAAGAGCUUGCCAGCUCUUAAUGGCCACAUGCGUUCCCAUGGAGGAUUCAGGACAAAUCCCCCAAUACAGAAAACUACCGAUGAACAAAUUCAUCUGUCUAAAGAAGUAAUUCAAGUUGACCCCAUGGUGUUCCCUGUAUCUGUUCCUGUAAAGGAUUACUCAGUUCCCUCCAGGCUUCCAAAUAACUUUCAUAACCACCUAAGACAUAAUGAUUUGGAUAACUCAGAAGAAAGUCAUACACAGCGACAGAAGGUUCUUCCUUCCCGUGCCAAGAGUUCAGUAGGAGCUGGAGAAGGUGCAGCAAAGCAAGAGAAAAAGCGGUAUCGACACUGCCUGGUGCCACUUGUAAUCUCCCCAUGUGCAGCUGGUCUCGAGUCCAGAGGCCCGGUGCUUUUCCAGAGCCAGCUGCGUUCACCAAUCAGCUGCGGCGAUGAUGUUCCAUACACUCCUCCACCAAUGCUCAGCCCUAUACGACCAGGCUCUGGCCUUUUCAGUAGUGUUAAUGCAGGGCAAUCAUGCACUGGAGCACAGACUAUUCCACGAAUUCGCUUGAGCAAGGACAAUGACAAAGAUGACUGCAGUGUGACAUUAGAUUCAGGGGAUAAUUCAAGUAGCAUUAAACCCCGGAUCAAUAUUGGUUGCAAUUUCCAGGCAGACAUUCCAGAUGUUCAGAGUCGCUCUAAAGUGUCAGAAGACAUCCAUAAGGCUAAUCUUCUCUGGACAUCCUGUUAUUUGGAGACCCCUGAAAAACAGCAGAGAGUGGAUGAUCUUCUAAAGAUGGCAUGUUCCAGUGUGCUUCCAGGAGGAGGGACAAACACGGAAUACACACUUCAUUGUCUUUUUGAGUGUAGGGGUGACAUCGUGGCAACCCUAGAGAAACUACUGUCUGUGACAGCAGCGAAACAUGGAUCCAGCCUUCAUACAAAUUACCAUUAUGCUGGAUCAGAUAAAUGGACUCUGCAAGAAAAGAGACAGCUGAACAAGGCCUUGCUAAUUCACAACAAAGAUUUUCACCUAAUUCAAAAAAUGGUGAAAACUAAGUCUGUAGCUCAGUGUGUCGAGUAUUACUACACAUGGAAGGAGAAGCUCCGACUGGGCAGGAGAUUCAGUACGGGUCCGAUAACUCCAGGCCAAGUGAAAGAGAAUAGAGGUCAUUUGAAGGAAGGCAACACCAGACAACCUGCACAUGAAACAAAGAACAAAACCGGAGUGCUGGAAUUUACUGAGCUUUCUAACAACAUCAGUAGUGCAUUUACUGGUGAAAUACCUAGAUCUGGCCCUAUGUUUAAUGGGAAUGAAUGGAACCAAAGUAAUAUAGGUGGGCUGAGUAAUUCUCCAGCUGAAAAUAACAGACCCAAAUCAGCUCAGCACUUUGCUUCCGGCUCUGUAAAAAGUUCACCUUCAAACAGUUCAACAAGUGGAGACACUGACUCAAAUCUCAUCUUCCCCUGCACUGAAUGUGGAAAAGUGUUUCUUAAGGUGAAAAGUCGUAAUGCUCACAUGAAGACUCAUCGCCAACCAGAUGAUCCACAGUUUUGGCAGCUUACUAACUUUCCUGAACAGGAAAAAAAGAGAGCGACACCAGCCAGUCCUUCUGUUGGACUACUUCAACUACCCCUAACAACUCAUUCUGUAUCUUGCACCAAUAAUGGAGAUAUAAAACCAUUAUACAUCAACAAGGCAGAAACACUGCAACAAGCAGACUGCCUCUUGCAGAGCCAUAAUCUUAAAGAGUAAUAUUUUGACCUCUGCUGAACUGGGCCGAUAUAAGUGGAACUUUGUUUAAUCAAAAUGUUAAGAUGUUCAAAUUCUGGCCAAAAUACCAUGGUUCAGAGACUUUGUAAAAACUAUAUCUUAUGAACCAAAUGUUUAUGAGGCUUAUUAAUAGGGAGAUGACAUUUGUUGGUAUAAACAAAUAAUUAUUUUAGUCCUCAGAAUAUAUUUGGCAACUUAAAGUUUAACCUAGAUUAAACUGGCCCAAAUGGAUAAAUGCCAGUUCUAUGUGUAUAAAGUGUGUGUUUUAACCAAAGCACUGUACAAAUAAACAAAUAUGUUUUAAAAGCUUUAUGAAGCGGGUCCAAA